CUGCUCGGCACCGAUCAUCAGGGCACUGAUCAUCAGUGCCCUGAUGAUCGGUGCCGAUCCCCGCUCUGACAACUGCCGGUUCUCGGCAGUACUUUCCUCACGAUCUGACAGCGGCCCUGAUAAUCAGUGCCCUAAUGAUGGGUGCCCAGCAGUGCCACCCACCAGUUCCGCCCACCUGUGCCCAUUAGUGCCACCCAACUGUGCCCAGAAGUGCCGCCCACCUGUGCCAAUCAGUGCCACCCACCUGUGCCCAUCAGUGCCCACCAGUGCCACCAGUCAGUGCCGCCCAACAAUGCCCAGCAGUUGCGCCAGUCAGUGCCCAGCAGUGUGCCACCUAUCAGUGCCGACUAUCAGU